UGUCCAUCAUCAUCAACCCGCUGCUCGCCACAGUUUACUGCGCCCCCUGCUCCGUCUCCUCUGGUGCCAACUCAUACGCAUUACAUCGCACGGCCGGCUGGCUGUCUACUCGCAUCCUCUACUUCGCGGCAGGCGGCACCAUCCGCCCCGCCGUUCUUAUCUCCCAAACCCCUAUAUGAACCCCUCGCACCCUCGCCUUCUCCACUCACAAAACACAAGCUUGAUCGUUCGAGCUCCAGACAUCUUUUUAUAAGUUUUUAGUAGUUCUAGACUUCUAGCUGGUUGGUUAAGGUUGAAUUCACAAAUGGCGCGAGUUGUGGCGGUUCCUUUGGUGCUGGGCGUCCUGCUCGCCUGCUCUACCCUGGCGGCGGCGAACUUCAACCAGGAGUUCGACAUCACCUGGGGUGACGGCCGCGGCAAGAUCUUGGACAAUGGCCAGCUCCUGACGCUCACGCUCGACCGGACCACCGGCUCCGGCUUCCAGUCCAGGCACGAGUACCUCUUCGGCAAGAUCGACAUGCAGCUCAAGCUCGUCCCAGGCAACUCCGCCGGCACCGUCACCGCCUACUACCUGUCGUCGCAGGGGGCGACGCACGACGAGAUCGACUUCGAGUUCCUGGGCAACGUGAGCGGCGAGCCGUACACGCUGCACACCAACGUGUUCACGCAGGGACAGGGGCAGCGCGAGCAGCAGUUCCGGCUCUGGUUCGACCCCACCCAGGACUUCCACACCUACUCCAUCCUCUGGAACCCCAAGCACAUCAUCUUCAUGGUGGACGACAUGCCGAUCAGGGACUUCCGGAACCUGGAGAGCAAGGGGAUCGCGUUCCCCAAGAACCAGCCGAUGCGCCUCUACUCCAGCUUGUGGAACGCCGACGACUGGGCCACGCAGGGCGGCCGCGUCAAGACGGACUGGUCCCACGCGCCGUUCGCCGCCUCCUACCGCGGCUUCAGGGCCGACGCCUGCGUGGCCGUCGCGGGCGGCAGGACGCGCUGCGGCGCCACCAUCGGCACCCAGGGCACCGCACCCGGCGCCCCUGCCGGCGACUGGUACAACCAGGAGCUGGACCUCACGCGGCAGCAGCGCAUGCGGUGGGUGCAGCGCAAGUACGUGAUCUACAACUACUGCACUGACCCCAAGCGCAUCGCACAGGGUCUCCCCGCCGAGUGCUCCAUGCAGUAGUCCAUCGAACAAGCGCGGCAGCAAACCAGCAGCAAUGGCGUACACUGCAUCCAUCGCCGGAUAAGGACAUGGGCAGGGAAGACGGGGGCGUCUGUAUAAUAAAUAAAUAAAUAUCGCAAUGGUGGAAUUUGUAAUGUAGCUUGCGUUAAACUCUGUGUUUGUAGCCUCGCCCGUCUCUUCCUUCCGCCACCUAGUUCGUGUAAUCAACAGUUCGUGUUCUUCAUGUUCGUCUGUAAUAUAUCUGUAAUAUAUGAAAAGUCAUACGUGUUCGUACA